UAGACUGGGCAUUGCUUGUGGCCAAGGUUUCCUCUGUCACUGGCAGGCUACACUGGGCUGAACCUGCUACACCCGCCAGUAAAUGUUGAAUGGAGGGAAGUACUGUUGGAGUCCUCAAGCUCUUUAAGGAGGCCUGGUGCCUUAGAGUUGGAGGAACUUUGGUUAAAGUACAAACAUUCCAAGAACUGUUUGCUCUUGGGCAAGUCCUUUGAAUUCUGAGCUUCUUAUUUCCUCAGCUCUGCAUACCUCCCAGAAUUCUGCAAAAUAACAUAAGUGGAGUCCCUGGUUCAGUGCCUGACUUACUGUAGGGGCUCAAAUAUUUAGCACCCUCUCCACCAAGAAGCAGAAGAGGAAAAGGCAUUCCGUCAGUAAGGCACGGAGAUGUAAUGGGAGGAGCAGAAAACUCCAAGACCCCAGUGUGUUUAAAUUUCUAAAACUGCUGGCCACCUGCUCUGUCCGGAUCAAACUUGACUUAGGGGGACAGGGGUUGGAGUGACAGACCAAGAGCCCAUGGAAGCCAAGCCGCCGCCCCCCACCCCUCGGCUGCCUGAAUGGACCAGCCCCCAGUGACAUCACAAUCCUGGGUGGUUGCCAAGGCACUGCUGGAGGUGGGCUCUCAUUUCUCCCUACGGAGCUCUAGGAUGUGGAUGUGAGAAGUGAGCAAGGAAGGCAGAUGGCGACAAGGAACAGUCCCAGCCUCAUGACCCUGGGCACGGCUCAGGGUGACCCUGGAGAGGCAGGAACGCUGCCAGGCCCCGAUGCUGGCAUCCGGGACACAGGUUCAGCCACUCAGCAGAAGAUGAAGCCCAAGAAGGUGCGCAAGGUCAAGGCACUCAUUAUCGACCUGGGCUCCCAGUACUGCAAGUGCGGCUACGCGGGAGAGCCCAGGCCCACCUACUUCAUCUCCUCCACCGUGGGCAAGCGCUGCCCCGAGGCAGCCGACUCGGGCGACACCAGCAAGCAGACCUAUGUGGGCCAUGAGCUGCUCAGCAUGGAGACGCCCCUCAAGCUGGUUAACCCACUGAAACACGGCAUCGUGGUGGACUGGGACUGCGUCCAGAACAUCUGGGAGUACGUCUUCCACACGGCCAUGAAGAUCCUCCCCGAGGAGCACGCCGUGCUGGUCUCCGACCCUCCGCUCAGCCCCAGCAGCAACCGGGAGAAGUAUGCCGAGCUCAUGUUCGAGACCUUUGGCAUCCCUGCCAUGCACGUGACGUCCCAGUCGCUGCUGUCCAUCUACUCCUACGGCAAGACCUCGGGGCUGGUGGUGGAGAGCGGGCAUGGCGUCUCGCACGUGGUGCCCAUCUCGGAGGGCGACUUGCUGCCCGGCCUGACGAGCCGCGCCGACUACGCGGGGCGUGACCUCACCAACUACCUGAUGCAGCUGCUCAACGAGGCUGGCCACAAGUUCACGGACGACCACCUGCACAUCAUAGAGCACAUCAAGAAGAAGUGCGGCUACGCGGCCCUCUUGCCUGAGGAGGAGCUACGCUUGUCCCUGGAGGAGCUGCGUGUGGACUACGAGCUCCCUGACGGCAAGCACAUCACCAUCGGCCAGGAGCGCUUCCGCUGCUCCGAGAUGCUCUUCAAGCCCUCCCUGGUGGGCAUCAGCCAGCCGGGCCUGCCGGCGCUCACAGCCGCCUGCCUGGGCCGGUGCGAGGAGGCGGGCUUCAAGGAGGAGAUGGCCGCCAAUGUGCUGCUGUGCGGUGGCUGCACCAUGCUGGAUGGCUUCCCCGAGCGCUUCCAGAGGGAGCUGAGCCUGCUCUGCCCUGGGGACAGCCCCGUGGUGGCCGCCGCUCCUGAGAGGAAGACCUCCGUGUGGACUGGCGGCUCCAUUCUAGCCUCCCUGCAGGCCUUCCAGCAGCUCUGGGUCAGCAAGGAGGAGUUUGAGGAGCGGGGCAGCGCUGCCAUCUACAGCAAGUGCUGAGCGGUGGCCACGGGCCACUGUAUGCAUUUACAGAGUUUCACAUAAAACUUUAAUGCACAGUA